CGUGCACAAAGACAAGCGGCCCAAAAACGCAAACGUGCACAAACACAACUCGUGCACAAAUAUAAACCGAGCACAAAAACAAAUACGACUUUUGCUUCAAUGGAUCCUGGUGCCGUGGUCAUCAAAUUUAACCCCGAGCGGUGGUCUGAAAUUCACGCCGGCGAAGCCAGUGAUUCCCAGUCGCGAAUCGUCUCAUUUAGCUAUACGAAGGGCAGCGGGCCUCAGGACUCAGAAAGACCCAGUCAUGUGCUCCCAACUCCCAGAAAACGGCACUUGCGUCCGCUUUCAGCGUCCAGCUUCGAGCGCCCGGUGCACGAGUCUCUCCACAAUCUUGCACAAUACUCACAGAUUAUGGAAAAGGGCGCAAAGCCAGCGGCAGAGGUCGAUACGGAUUGGUACGAUGACCUCUCAAAUGUCGGCCAGCGACUUCGGUUUCUUCGCGACACCUUCAAAGUUCUUCAGUCCGUGCGCAAGCGCAAGAUGAUGGGCGAACGGGCAGACUUCCGGACGCUCUACGAGGCGCGGGUCUCGCGCACCGGUAGUCCACAAUUGCUGGACGAAGACCUUAGAGCUGCGCCAUUCUCUGACGAUGAAAAUGCCGCAAAUUGGGCAGCUGUACCAGCUGCUCCCGUAAACCGGCGUGGACGGCCACGGAAACGCCGAGGCAGGGAGCGCAAGGCGCCUUUGGGGCGAGCCGAAGCGGCCGUCAAGCGAACCCGGGCCAGCAGGCGCGUGCUUGAGGCUCCUCUGCCGGCACCGGAGCAGAAUCCGAGUGUUUCGCCCCCCGCUCCGGUCCGUAGACGCCGUGGCAGACCCAGGGCGUCGGAAAAGAACCCCCCACUGCCCACAUCCGAGACCCAGGGCCCGCGACUCAUGCACCUGCCCCCGAUUCUUCCAAGCCAGCGGCUUUCACUUGUACAGGGCAUCCCACCGUACCGCCACAUCAUGGCCGGUGGCGUACAGGCGGCAUCUGGCACCAACCCGCCAUUCUUGCCAUCCACCGCGGCUCUGGUGCCUCCUGCGCCUUCUGCUCACACAGGGAAACUCAAUACCACGCAGCCAUUCUUGUCUUCUAGUACGGAACCAGAACAUGUUGCCACGAUGGGGAAGCCCACCACUACACCGCCAUUUUUGCCUUCGCAGAGCGCAUUUCCCGCACCACAAUAUAACGCCAGCACAGGUGUUCCGAGCGGGUACUUGCCCAGUCAGCUGCUGCUACAGGGUGUGAUACCCUUUCAAUUUCAAAACUACCCGCUGGCCGCAAACUCUACACUGAGCACGGGAAUGAGUGGGCAAACUGGCUAUUCGCUUGGCUACCGGCCGCCACUCAAUUUUGCAAACUUCAAGGAGGCUACAUACUCGGCUGGAAAACCCGCCAAUGGGGAAAUGAGCUGGGGCAAGAAGCUUAGCGUGGGCGCUCAACCUGGCUCGAGUGGGAUCACCAAGUCGCAAUUCCCCGUUCCCCUGCAAGCAGCCCUGCUUUACAAACCCAAUGAACCGUCAUCCGCCUCAGUAAACAAAGCUAAUACCUCAGCGGAUGUGCCACCUAUGCUUGCACAGACCACACCAAACACACCCAAACCUAUGACUGCAGCGAUAGCCCCUAAGUCAGGCAACACAAACCUUUUGCCGCCAGCAAAUAUCAUGCAUUCAUCAAAUUCCUCAAUCAAUUCGGCGCAUUCAUACCCAUCCGCACAUCCUGGGAAAGAAACUUCAUCAGUACCCCCUAAACUUUCGUUUCUGUCAAGCACGACGAGCCAGGGUGCGGCAGUGAGGCCCCAGUUGUCGUAUUUGUCAACCCCAACACAGCAGCCCGGAGUAUUGAACUACCAAGGUUUACAGAAUCUGGCCGGCCUUCAUCACGGAUCCACCUAUCGGCCGCCUUCAUCUCAAGCUGCGCCGUUAAUGCUGUACAGCUCGUGGCCAGCCGCGUAUCCGGACUCGACCCAGCUGACCGAUUCGCUUGGGAUGGCAUUGCCGAGCUUGAGAGCCCUCGAAAAUGAUAUUAAGCUGCCGCAGCCCUCGAUAUUUGGAGAGACCAAAAAUGCGGAGGAUGAAAAGCACUAGUGUGCAAACGACACAAUUAUUACCGUGGUUAAAGUAGGAGCAUCCAUCCGAACACUUUAAUUUAAUUUAUAGAAUGUUUCAGUAAAUGACAAGUGGGAACAAUACUUUUAUAUUUAUUAAUUUACGGCAACUCAAUAC